AUGCCAAGGGUCAGCGUCCUGGCUCCCGAGGAGAGUGCACCCGCUGCUCGGUCGGCUGGGCCCUCGCCCCCUGCCAGCCCAGCCUGAAGGCCCCCAGGCGGACCGCAGCAUGAUCUCCAUCAGCGAGGGCCAGAAGAUUGGCGUAGGCAUCACUGGCUUUGGCGUCUUCUUCAUCCUCUUUGGGAUUCUCCUGUACUUUGAUUCCGUGCUCCUGGCUUCUGGAAACCUGCUGUUCCUGACCGGCCUCUCCUUCAUCAUCGGCCUGCGGAGGACGUGUUCCUUCUUCUUCCAGCGGCACAAGCUCAAGGGCACCAGCUUCUUCCUGGGCGGUGUGGCCAUUGUGCUCCUGCGCUGGCCCCUCCUGGGUAUGCUCCUGGAGACCUACGGGUUCUUCAGUCUCUUCAAGGGUUUCUUCCCCGUGGCCUUUGGCUUCCUGGGCAACGCCUCCAACAUCCCCCUCCUGAGUGCGCUGUUCCGGAGGCUUCAGGGCACCAGCUCAAUGGUCUGAACCUCAGAAAUGAGCUCCUUGAACUUGGAUGUUGAUGAAGUGGCAAGAAGGGAACCGGAGGCCGCCCCCGCAGCCCCCUCCCCUCCUGCACUGACUCACUCCCCGGGCCUCCCCAAGUCCCGAAGGAACCAGAAUGGAGCUGCGUGACCUCAAACCUCCAAGUCAACGCAAGAGGCUGCCUGGACGGCUGGGAGCAGAGAUCGCAGCCCGGUGGGACUUGGCUGGGGCUGAAGGCCCAUCCCCCGCCCUGUAUUUAUGGGGGGAAAGUGAAGAUUAAAUCCCAGAGCUGCGAGACGGUUCGGCCUCGAAGUCAGUGUCUACAGCCCAGAAAGUCCCCGCCAGGCUUCUGGGGGCAGCCCAAGGCCAGCGCACCUCCAUUCCGAGAAGAUGAUGGCAGCAAGGUCUGCCUGCCUUCCUCCCUCUCACUUUUGUUUCCUGGUACCCUGGAUCGAACUCAGGACCCUGCACUUGCCAGGCAGGUGUGGUGCCAUUGAGCUAAAUCCCUGGCCCACCUCUAUCACUUUGCUCCUAGUGUUUAAUUAUCCCAGGGAGUGACACAGUGCAUUUGUCAGCAGUAAGCGUUCAGCCGGCGAUGGACACCGGUCCAGUGCUGCCGGGAAGGGCGGCUCAACCAUGUGGGGUGGCUCUGCACAGUGCAGCCCCCAGGGCCAGCUAGGAGGACACAGCCCCUGCCGUCAAACAGUGCCGGCUGCAAAGUCGCAUUUGCUGGGUACCCACUGUGUACCAGUGAGUGUCCAGGGCACAAGGGACAGGCCUGUCCCUCCCAGCGCAGAUAGGUACAGCAUGGCAUGCAGAGGGUGGGCGUGCCGCCACAUGGAACUGACUUUCCUGCGUUCCAGCACCUCCCCAGCACGGCAGUACCUUCUCCUUCCAGAGCUGCUAUGCAUUCUCAUCGCAGUCCCUCCUCUCUCUCUCUCUCUCUCCCUCUCUCUCUACCUGGUAUUGGAGAUUAAACCCAGAG